UUUUCGCUGUUAUAUUAGAAUUUUCCCCUAGGUGGCAAUAGCAGUGCAGUAGUUAAAACGGGAUGUGUAGAGCUAGCUGAAGAAGAAUCUGCCAGCCUUUUAUGCUCUGUGUUUGAUCAUGCCAGCAUGAAGUAAAGCUUUUUGGCUAAGCGCUACCUCGCUGUCCGUCUUCCUUAUAUGAGUACACAGGAUACUACAUUUGGCGACGAGGAUGGGAUGUGGGUGAGCUCAGAAGAGAAAGAGCAAUAGGAAGUUGGAGAGUGCAAGUACGCUGGAACUAGGCGGAUGUCGGAUGACGAGGAAGCUAACGUUAAUCAAGACGUCAAGAUGGCUAUGGCAAUGGUAGGAACACUUACUGCUUUUGACAGUCAGACCCAAACAUGGGAGGAAUAUGUCGAAGUGUUGGGACAUUUUUUCGUUGCCAAUGGGAUCGGGGAUGAAGAAAAAAAGAGGGCAAUAUUGUUAAGUUCUGUGGGUAGUCGGACAUACAGUUUAAUGAGGAACUUAUUGAGCCCGAACAAGCCUGGGGAAAAGUCAUAUGAGGAUUUGACUGAUCUGCUGCAGUUACAUUAUAACCCGAAGCCCAGUGAAAUAGUCCAAAGAUUUAAGUUUAAUUCCAGGACUAGAGCAGCGAAUGAAACGGUGACAGAGUAUGUGGCAGUGCUACGAGAGCUCGCUCAACAUUGCAACUACGGCGAUAAAUUGAAGGAGAUGCUACGUGACAGGAUCGUGUGUGGCAUAGCGGAUGAUCGCAUGCAGAGGAGAUUGUUGGCGGAGUCUGAGCUCACAUUUGAAAAAGCUUUGAAAGUGGCGUUGGCCAUGGAGACAGCAAGUAGGGAUGUGCGUGAUUUGCAACUGAAAACAUUGGAGGGCACCGUGAGCACAACUGCAUCACAAAUGUCAGUGCAUAAUGUGGAGUUAAACCAGAGAGGGCCAGGGAAGGUAACCCCGUUGACCUGUUACAGGUGUGGGGGUGGACAUUUGGCAAGAGACUGUCGUUUUAUUAAUGAAAAGUGCCAUGCUUGUGGGAAAAGGGGACAUUUGAAGAGAGUGUGCAAGUCCUCGCCUUUUGCAGACCAGAGUGUUAAGGGGGAGGAAAAAACAAGCAGUCUGUAG